AACCAGUCAAAUGAUCAACAGCAACAUAUUCGUUCAAGUCGUACAGUUAGCAACAAUGGUGAUAUAAUUACUUCCGAAAUGGAUGAUUCUGUCAAAGCAGCCGACCAGAAAGUAAAGCUGGACAUCAAGAAAGAUUCUGAUCAAUGCCGUCCCCACACUGCGUUGACCAGAACCAUUUCGCAACCACAACCUCAGGCACAACAUGAGGCAAAUGUUGAGUCCUAUGUAACAACUAUAUUAGAAAAUUUCGGAAACUUGAACUUACAUCGUAAACUGGAGAGAACACAAUCUGAACCCUUACCACAACAAGUUAAUACUUCUAGAUAUAAAACCGAACUUUGUCGUCCGUUCGAAGAAGCCGGUGAAUGCAAGUAUGGAGAAAAGUGCCAGUUUGCUCAUGGAUAUCAUGAGCUACGAAACUUACAAAGACACCCAAAGUACAAAACCGAAUAUUGUCGCACAUUCCACAGCGUUGGAUUUUGUCCUUAUGGCCCAAGAUGUCAUUUUGUACAUAACGCGGAUGAAGCUAGAGCUUUACAACAAAUGCAGCAGCAACAACAACAGCAGCAAACAAAAUUGCAAAAUCAUUCCAGUUUUCAUAACUGCAUCACAACUUAUCCAUUGCAGCCUAAACCAGGAAACAGCGCAGCUAAUCUCAAUCAUUCACUACCUUUGAGUCCUCCCCUGAGCAUGUCAACAGGCUCAGAUCGAGAGUCACCCACAGGGUCAUUAUCCUUAAGUCCUACCAGUUCUAUGACUAAUUUUACAUUUGGCGAUCAAGUUAGUCCGGUAAAUUCGGUUUUCCAGAACACAUUUCCUUACGUAAACACUCCACCCGAAAGCCCAAACGCACCAAUUUCCCCAGUGAAUACACCACCACCUAAUAUAAUGUUAGGUUCAAUACAAAAUCAGACUUCGUUGUACAUAAAGCCUGUUACAAUUCAAGGCAAACAGGUCCUACAAAAGAGUUCGAGCUCUCCAAUCGCUAUAAUCAGGAAUGUUAAUAAAAUUCCGGCCAAAGUUAAUUCUGUUUCAUCACUUAACAGUGGUGAAGAUGCACGUCUGCCAGUUUUUAACAGAUUGAGCUCAGCUGUUGAAAAGUUUCCUAACAAAGCUUUAUAAUUUGACGAAAUCUCAAUUUGAAUAUAAUUAAAAUUUCUAGUUUUUUUGUUGUUUUACAUUUUAAAUUAUACAUAUAUAUAUACAACCUAAAUUAUUAAACAAAAAAUAUAUUUUACGAUAAUUUAUAUAUUUUAUAUUAAAUAUCUCUUUAUCCAGAAAAUGGGUAUAUACUAGAAAGGGGACUUAGUUCGUAGGAAAGAGUUGGAGAAAGAUGAAUAGGCAAAAUAUGCUUUUGCAUUUAUUAAAUUAUCUAUAUAUAAUAUUUAUUUUAUAUAUACAAUAUAUUAUUUCAUUUUGUUUACAGAAAUAUUUUAUAUGCCACUAAAAUACUUCCAUAUAAAAUUUUUAAUUUAUAACUUAAACACAAUGGAUAAUGUAAUAAAUUAGGUGCAGUUAUGAAAAUUAUUAAUGAAAUGAAGUCAAAGUGAGAUGAGAAAUUAAUAUUUUGUAGUAUUAAAAUUGAAAAUAUAUCUACCCGGAUACUAUAUUAACGUAACUACCUGUAAAACGUAAAUUAUUACCUACUUUUAUCUUUUUACACAAUAAUGAUGUGUAAAUGAAAUGAAAAAUAUUUAUUCCAAUACGUUACAAAAACUCGAAGAUGGUUAACACUGAUGAAAAUUCUCAAAGUGCCUUACAGUUAAUUAAAUAUAUACAUAUGUAGAUAUUUUAGUAUUUAUACAAUUUUUAUUUAAUUGGUUAAGAGAUGAUUCGUGAAUUAGUCGUCUUCCUUUUUUACUUUCGUUAAAAAAUGCUUCCAUUUAUUUUUACAUGUGCUUAUACAAAUUUUGAAUAAAAUACAUUUACUUUUUCUUAUUAAAAUGUU